AUGUCAAAGAGCUUGUCCCAGAACAUGCCCUCCUUUGUCACCGGAAAUAACACCCUUAUUUCCACAAUCGAUUUAACGCAAACUCCUAGUAGAUCUGGUACUUCUUCACCAAGUCUUGAGAUUGAAUUAACGCCUGAACAAAGUGCAAAUUUAGGAGAAAUAGAUUUCAACACCGGUCUAGAUGGAUUUUUAUUGGCGGCACUUAAAAAUCCCAAAGACAGAUUAUUUUUAUUAAAAUUAGAUCGAGAAAUGGAACGGUUCAUAAAUGAUAAUCACACACGAUUAGAAUUCCCCCCAAUGAAUUCUUAUCAACGUUUGAUAGUUCAUCGUGUUGCUCAAUAUUUUAAGCUUUCUCAUGUCGUCGAUAAUAGUGGAAAAGCCGUUAUUUUAUACAAAUCUCCCGAAACACUAAUUCCGACACUUCGUUUUUCGGAUCUUCUUGAGCAAGAAGAGGAGAAACCCGAAAAAUCUGUCAAAAUAAUGAGAAGACAACAAACAAAUCUCCAAUUACUUCGAUCAACAGGCGAUUCUGAUAGUAAUUCCGAAGGGGAACGUAGAAUUCUAACAAUAGAAGAACGUGAAGCCGCAUAUCAAAAGGCUAGAGCAAGAAUUUUUAAAGAUUUGGAACAAAAAAAUGAAGAGAAUGAACGAGAAGAGAUUGAAGGGAAUAUAACCUCUUCUUCUAAUCCUAGUUCUACAAAUGUCUCUAAUAUUUCAAACAACAAUGAUCAACAAAAUUUUGACUCGAAUAUCAAGACAAAAAAUACUCACCAAAAUAAAGGAAACAACAAAAAUUCUGGUAAAAAUAAUGCAAACAAUGUAAAGAACAGGCAAUCCCAAUCAUCGAGAGUACAACAAAAUUUUAAUUAUAAUCCUCCAAUAGAUCGUCCAAUUUAUAUGAAAGGUCGACCUAUAAAUAAUUUUCCGGGACCACCUCCCAUGAUGCCUCCAGGUCCAUUUGGUCCACCAUUCUUUAAUGGACCACCACAUAUGAACAUAUACGAUAAUAUGAUGCCUUUACAACCACCACCAAUGUUACCACCAGAAAUGCAAAUAGGUCAUCCAAUGAAUAAUCCAUAUGCAAAUGUUCCUCACGAAUGGAAUCCAACACUUGCAGGUCCUUACCCACGUCCAGGUGUCAGAAAUUUAUGGGGAGCAGAAACAUUUAAUCCUCCUCCUCCUCCAGAAAUUGGAGGAGGUCCAUCACUCUUUAUCAAUUCUAUUAAUUCUAUUAAUUCUAUGGAUAAUAAAUCAAAUAAAUCACCAUUGAUUCAUGAAGGAACUACUACUUCAUCAGGUUCUUCUAUGAACAAUUCUGUAUUUGAUGGAAAUAAUUCCCUUUGGGCCAAUAAAGGUCAAUGGAAUAAUAAUCUUUCUGGAGUCUGGAAUAAUUCUUCUGAUGCGCCUUCUAUGAGUAUUUUUAAUCCAUCUCAACAAUCUUCGGCUGAAUUUCCAAUACAAAAUGUACCAGGAGUUCCACUCAUGCAUCCUCAAAUGUUUCCCGGGAUGGUACCUCCACCAAUGUCAAAUCCAACCAAUACGGGUCCACGUCGUAAUAAUAACGGGAAUCAAAUGUAUUUAGGACCUAUGCAUCAAGAAUAUAUAAAUAACAUGCAACGUUUUGGAAUGGUUCCUCCACCAAUGACAGGAUUUCCGAACCAACUUCCACCUACUAAUGUGACAGGUGCUAUAAGACCACCCAAAUCAACAGAAUUAUUUGAUCCAAAUAAUUCAUCAACAUUUUCAACUCAAAAUUAUACAAAUAAUUCAUUACCUACAUCUAAUCAUGUACAAUUAUCUUCUAAUUCUUCACGUAGAAAGAAUGUGAUCGAUACUUCUAAUAAUUUGAAUAAUAACAAUCCAAUUGUUGAUGGUUCUAUGAUGCGUUCACUUAGUAUUUCUUCGAAUAGUUCACAACAAGGAAAAAAUCAUCAACUACCAUAUGAAGGAGUUAAACCAAGUGAAGCGAACGAACCGCCACAACCAAGUCAUAUCAUUGAACUUCAUGAUUUUGUUGAAUCAGACAACCUCCUUGAUAUUUCACUUGGUAAUGCAACGAUUAAACGUAUUAGUCCACCACAGAGUUCCCCCAAUAAACGACCAACUAUUCUGGCUAUCUUUAAGAAUUCUCACGAAGCCACCAAAGC